AUGCGUUUUAGGAACAGAUGCAAGGGUUUGCAAUUAAAUAUUAAGGAGAAGCAUGUUUUCACAGGAAUCGAAGGAGAUUGCCUCGGAAACAGCGUCAGCAUGAAUCUUCCAGUAAAGCCAAUCGACAGCUGGUCAAGCGGAAUCCGUCACUGGUCGUCUUCUGGUGGAACCGACAUUCGAAUCUCUUCACGCAACACUUUCACUCGAACUCCGUCGCUGGUCGUCUUCUGGUGGAACCGACCUUCGAAUCUCUUCACCCAACACUUCCACUCGAAAUGGAAGGCCGUCGUCUUCUGGUGGCACUGA